AUGUCUUUCCCAAAUACUUGGAAUCAUAGAAAGGUAGCAGAAACCUCAGCUAAAGCAUGCGAGAUAUGCUUCAAGCCUAGUGCCAGCGUACUCGUAACCCCAGACAAUAAGGACUUCUUUUAUGUAUGCCCUGGUCAUUUGAAAGAUAGGGGAUUCUGCACCCCUAUCAUUGACCACGAUGCCAUCGCAGCCAAGAAGAGAAAGGAGAUGGAAGAUGAAAUUGAACGGGUGAAGAAAGAGUACGAAGAGAAGCAACGCAAGAAAAAGGAGAAGGAAUCGGAAAAGUCCAAGAAGGAAAAUGAUGAGAAGGAAACUAAAGAGACCAGGAAAGAUGAGCCAAGCCCUCAAGCCAAGGAGAAACCGGAUGAAAAGACUCCACCAAAAGCAGAAGAAGAACCCCGGGUAUUUUCAUUGCAAAAGACCUUCUACCAACAACGGCUGGAUAGAAAACGCGCAGCUGAGAUGGCCAAAAGGAACCGAGAACGCCUAAGCAACCCCAACUACUUCCCUUCCGUCCCUAAAGACCCGUUGUGA